CCUUGGUCUCCUUCUGAGGUCCGCGCCAUUUCCGCUACUCUCGGCCAAGCGGGCCCCCCAGGGCUAGUCCCGCCGCUGGGCCGCGCGUAGCUGACCGCCUGGCGGGAUGCGGUCGCCCCUGGGGACGUGCUGGCUGCUUCUCUGGCUGCCGCCGCUGGCAGUGCUGCCGGCGGGCGCGGUGCGCGGCCAGGAGAACGAGGCGGCGUUGUCAGUUCCAAGAUGUAAAGCUUUGAAGGAAAUGGAUUUAGUUAAAACGUCUCAGUCAGACUGUUACUGCUACAAUCAAAAGUCCCAAGUGAAAUGGAAGUAUAUAUGGUCAACUGUGCAGGUGAAAAUUACCAGUUCAGGCCUGCUCAGUAUUGUAUAUAUCACAGAAAGAUAUAAUUGCCAGUAUCCAGAAACCCUUCUAUCUAUUAUCAAAUGUGUGAUUCAUAACUUUUGGACACCAAAGGAAUCUAAUGAUAUAACCAUAACCAUCAAUCCAUACGGGGCGACUGUGUGCUUCUCUGUGAAGCCUGCCAGGAAGAUAUUUAUCUAUACAGUAAGCGUGAAUCGAAACAUUGUGGAUUUCAAACUCUUCCUUGUGUUUGUGGCGGGCAUUUUCCUCUUCUUUUAUGCAGAGACCUUGAGUCGGAGCCCUAUUUUCUUUUACUCUUCGGGGACUAUGCUAGGUAUUCUAAUGACAUUAGUCUUUGUCCUGUUGCUGGUGAAAAAGUUCAUUCCUAAGUAUAGCACCUUUUGGGCUUUAAUGAUUGGUUGUUGGUUUGCUUCAGUUUAUGUUGUGUGGCAACUGAUGGAAGAUCUGAAGUGGCUGUGGUGUGAAAACAGAAUAUAUAUAUUAGGCUACGUCUUGAUAGUUGGGUGUCUCAGCUUUACUGUUUGUUACAAGCAUGGGCCCCUCAUGGAGGAGAGGAGCAUGACCCUCUUGGCGUGGACGCUGCAGCUCCUCUCCCUGCUCCUGGUCUACGCUGGUGUGGCCAUUCCUCAGUUCGCCUAUGCAGCAAUGCUCCUCAUCCUGUCAUCCAAGAUCCUGCACUACCCAUUGAGAGUACUCGCUUAUGUGAGACGGAAAAUGAAGAAAUGGUUUACAUCAGAAAAGCCGGUGGUUAAGUUUCUUACUGAAGAUGAGUACAGGGAACAAGCCGAUGCUGCGACGACCCGUGCCCUGGAGGACCUGCGCCAGGCCUGCUGCAGCCCCGGCUUCCCAUCCUGGCUGGCUGUCUCCAGGCUCCGGGCGCCUAAAACGUUUGCAGACUUUGUUCUUGGAGGAAGCCACUUGUCGCCUGAAGAAAUUAGGCUGCAUGAAGAACAGUAUGGCCUUGCGGGUGCCUUCUUGGAAGAGCAGCUCUUUAACCUGAGGACUCCUGACAGCCUACCUGCACACUGACUUUGUUCUGGACAAGGAAUUGGGGAACGGCAAGGAUCCUAUUAAAGGUGGGCAGAACUGUACCGGGGAACAAUGGCAAAAGCAUUCACUAUGGAGAAAAAUCAAGUCACACUGGAAAGGAAAACUAAACUGUAUUGAAGAUAACUGAUCCUUCUUGGACAGUUCUGUGUAUUGUACUGUAGGUGGCCACCAAGAUUCUGUGACAGUCAUUACCACUGUCCUUGAAUGAAAACUUGCAUUAGGAACAAAGGGAUCAUGUUGAUCUUCAAGGGGCCAAUUAAAGUGAAUAGGUGCCUUGUCAACUGCAGGGCAUUAAAUCCUCUCUUAAUCCCCAGAACCUGUGUCAGAAGACUCUGCAUUGCUCUUCCUGUGUGUUAUCAAUAUAAGUGCUGGAAGAGACCUGAGAUACACUGGACCAGUAUUUUCCAAAGUGUAGUCCACAGGAUGCCAGUAAGUGUUAGUAGGUAAAGGAAUCCUGAGGUCAACUAAGAUGGAUGCAUGAUUAAACAAACAUACUGCAGGACUUUUCAGAGCCUUUAAUAAUGCUAAUGCACACUGUGAACCUCCUAAAGAGGAGAAAUUGUGUGCAGCAUUCUCCAACUUAAUUUGACAACAGAACCCUUAUUCAUGAGAUUAAUAUUCCUUGGAACACAUGUUUGGAAAAUGCUGAUGGUGGAGGAAUGGAGGUUUCGGAAGGUUAAAUAACUUGUCCAAGACCACAGGACUCUUUAGAGGCAGCCCUGGGACUACAACUCCAGCCCUACUGUUUCCAAUGACUCAGGUAGAAGAGACCUUUAGAAAUGAGGCGCCAUCUCGCCACAGCCUUGGGUUUCACAAUAUUCAUGACUUAUUUUUUGUUUUUUACUAAUAGCCAACUAACUGUUUGAUAACUGUUAUAAAGAGAAACAUUUCCUAUGGUUAUAUUUUAAAUUUUUGAUAAGGCUUUUAUAGACAUAUAUAAAGAUUAGAAUUUAGAAUGACUUUUUACAUUUUUUUGUAUGUUGAAAUUGAAGGCAUUUAACCUCAAGUCGACUGGCCUAUUUUAUUUUAUUUUUACUCCCUAAAUUCAGGUCUCAAUAGUGUUCACACCUGAAUUUCUACAAUUCUUUUUUUUGGGCUGCAUUGGGUCUUUCUUCGCUACACGCAGGCUUUCUCUAGUUGCGGCGAGUGGGGUCUACUCUUCGUUGCAGUGCAUGGGCUUCUCAUUGCAGUGGCUUCUCUUGUUGCAGAACAU